AAAAUCAUCGAUGGUUUCAGAAUGGAAAGAUAACUCAUUUUGCACUUGUAACGAGUUUUAUAACCUUUUCAGGGAUUUGUUUAAUUUUUUUAAGAUAACUGAAGAUGCGCACCAUUUGCACAAUAUAAAAUCAAGACGCUCAUUGUCACAGUUCAUAGCUAUCGCGAGGUUUGAUCAGCUGUAGUACCUUGUCUGUUUAGAACCGUAUUUAGAUGAAUUGCACGUGGAAAGCGAAGGAGGACAGUGGAUACUUUGGUGCAAGUUUGGUCAAAAUGCGCAGUUGGUCUCAGUAGUAAACAGCAGAUUCACAGUGGCUGAGAAAAAAUAAAGUAAUAAACAGCAUUUGGCAGACGCUCUUAUCCAGAGCGACCUCAACAACGUGUAUAACCAAAACCAGGAACAAGUGCGGUGGUGAAGGCCCAGGUGGAAGCCAUGUUGAGGUUCCGGUGUUUUCUCCCGCUCAUGGCGCCGGUGCUGGCUGUGAUUGGCUGGUGGUGGUACGCCUCUCGCAAGAAAAAGGAAAUGGCCGCCCCGGUGGUGGAGGAGGCAGAGGAGGAGGAGGAGGAGGAGGGCAUGGCUGUACGCGAGGUCCUGAACGGCAUGGUGGAGAGCAGGAAGGCCGGACUGAAGGUGGGGCGGGGGAACACUGCGGGGCGAGCAGAGGAGAACCACAUUCUGGCGGCCACAGCUGCGAUGCCCGUCCAGUCGCUGGCGGGAGAGACGCUGGGGAGGGAGGACACGCCCUCUCGCGCCCGCCACAGCGGCCUCACCGCGGAUCCAGACGCCGACGGCUCGGACUCCCCGGGGCAGGGGACGGCGGGGGGCAAACGGGCUGCCCCACGCCUGCCGGACGCUGGCGAUGACGAGGCGGGGGAAGCGGAGGCGGGAUCGAGCACGCUCCAGCCCGUCUGUGACGACCGGCAGGUGGCCGACGCCUCCGAAUGCGGGACCGGAGAAGAGCUUCCUGCUGGACGGGGCGCGGUCGCUGAGGAGGACGGGACUUUGGCUCCGCCUCCUCACUCACCCGGCACGGCAAUCGGCUUCGUGCCUGCUGAACUCCCAGAAGCACCCAGGCCCGACCUGGAAACGGCCAGAGAGGUGGAGGUGGAGGCCGAGGGCCUCGCUGUGCCUUUCCCCGAGCGCCUCGGAGUCCUGCCUGUCCCGAAAGACCGAACCUUCAGAAGCGCCACGCCCGACACCCUGUGCCCUGAUGAAGUCGUGCCUUCCCGUCACGUCCCAGCCGCCCUAGCCCCUCCCUCCAACGUGGAGGCAGAGGGCCCACCGCCCCAGCAGGGUGGCCGUGGGAUGCCUUCGCAGACGGGUCUGGUCUUGGACCCACGCCAAGAGGAGAGCGGUGGGCCGGCCCCCGGUCUGAACAGGGAGCUCAUCUCCGUGGCAACACGGGAACCGGCUGUCAGCCUGUGCGAUGUCAGCGAAGAGGGUAAUGCGCGGCCGCCGCAGCCAAGCGACAGCUCUCCCCCGUCCGGCGAGCCACGGCGUUCUGUCGUAGACCAGGGAGAACAGGACGGCAGCCAGGGGUCCAUGGAGGUGCUCUGCCAUUUGGACGAGGAACGGGUGGAUGACGUAACCGAGCAGACUUCGAAUGAGCCACGGCCUCUGGCGCAGGACGGCUCUUUGUCGACCACGCCGGAGCUGGCGAGGGAUGAGGAGGUGCUUAAUGCCUGCGUGGCUCCUCCUGCCCAGGAGGGGGCGGAGGAGGACAGCAGCAGCAGCAGGGCGGAGCCCGGGCAGGAUGACGUCAGCCCAGAAGACUCGCCCCCCAGUCCGGGUGAACCCCACGCGGAUGAUGUCGCAGGAACAGAGGAUUCUGGGUGCAGCGCGGGCCAGUCGGAAGACCCAUGGGUCUCCCCGUGUGAAAGCUCAGGGGAAGUGAUGGACAGGAAGCCGUCGGAUCGGAGUGGCAGCUGUAUCCCCGCUACGCAAACAGAGACGCCGCGCUCAGCGCCGGACCAGGCCGAGCAGGGAGGUGACCUCACGUCCAACGGGAUGCAGCUCCUUCUGCAGGAGGGUCCCGUUUCAGCGGGGCCCAUAGAGGCCCCAGGGGACGAGGCGUCCCAGAACGGCCGCCCCAGCACUCCCGUCCCGGAGAAGGAGGUGGUGGAGGUUGCCGUUAGCGACAGCAGAACAACAGGUCUGCAAAAAGGCCUCGGUCCCGAAGCCACGCCCCCGAGUCAGGGCAAAUCCCCGAUAGGUGAUGUCACGGGAACAGAGGAUUCUGGGAGCGGUACGUGCCAGUCGGGGGACGGGGCCAGCAGCCCGGAUGACGUCCCCUUCACAGUGCCUGAGGGGAAGCAGAACCCAGCGGCCAUUUUGGCUGUGUCGCAAGGCUCAGUCGGACAGGGCCGCGGUCCGGAGAGGAAGUCCGCACCCUCGUUGGAGGAGGGUCACCAGGAGGGCGCCCCCUGCAGGGGUGAGAUGGUCACAGACACGGACCUCCAGAACGGAAGUCACAUGGUAUCCGAGACGGAGGGAGACCGCUCUGGAGAGAUCUCCUCAGAGGCCCUGCAGGAGGACCCAGCGGCCAGGAAGUGUGAGAGCGUGGAUGACAGGAACCCGUCCAAUCAGAGCAGCAGCUGUAUCCUCAGCACACAAACUACGCAGACUCCCUGCUCAGAACCAGACCUCCAGACUCCAGAACAGGAAGAUGCCCAGAUAUCCGGCGGCGUCCUGCAUCCUUCACAGGAGGGCCCCUUUUCAGUGAUACCCCCAGAGGCUUCUGGGAAUGGUUUGUCGCAGAUCAGUCCUGUCCAGGAGGAACCGGAUGACGAUGCAGGCAGCUCAACCCAGAAUGUGCGAAAAAGCCCCAGUCCAGAAACCGCCCCCUCCAGGCUCGAUGAACCCCAGACGUCGGAGGACGUCGCAGGAGCAGAGGAUUCUGGGUGCAGCACGUGCCAGUCGGAGGAUGGAGGGAGCAGCCAGGACCACGUCCCCUCCUCAGUGCCGUCACGUGCAGAGCAGGAGGAGGAGGAGGACCUAGUGCCUGCUUCAGCGACCUCACAUAGCUUAGAGGAGCAGAGCAAGGGCCAGGAGAGAAGGUCUGAACCUUCCUCAGUGCCAUCACGUGCAGAGCAGGAGGAGGAGGACGACCUAGUGCCUGCUUCAGCGACCUCACAUGGCUUAGAGGAGCAGAGCAAGGGCCCAGAGGGGAGGUCUGAACCCUCCUCAGGGGAGGACCACCCGGCUCCCCUCCCCAGGGGCGAGAGGCUCGGCCACCCGCACCUCCAGAACGGAAGCGUCCAGGCGACGGAGAUGGAGGCAGAUCUCUCUGGAGGUGCAGGCUGUGCUGUGAUUGGCCGGGUGAGCCAGGGCUGCGCGGCAGGGCCCAGAGAGGACCAGGGCCGCGGUGGCCGGCCCGCGUGCCCGCCCACCCCCGAUCUCACCGUCUGGGAGGUGGAGGUGCCAAAGCUGCUUGUGGGGAGGCUGAUAGGGAAGCGGGGGCGCUACGUGAGCUUCCUGAAGCAGAGGUCCGGAGCGAAGAUCCACUUUUCUCCCCGGCUGUACUCUCAGGAGUUUCAGAUCUGUCACAUCGAAGGGACAAAGCAGCAAGUGCACAAAGCAUUGGGGCUGAUUAGGAACAAGUUUGAGGAACUGGAUCUGACUAAUAUCUACACCCCUCCUGCACCACCCAAGCUUCCCUCCUUGCCCAUAACGUCCUGGCUGCUGCUUCCUGAGGAGGUGCCGGUGGAGGUUGCCGUGGUGAAGAUCGUGUCGGCGGGUCACAUGUUCGUGCAGCAGCCCAAGCACCCCUCUUACCCAGCACUGAGCGCGCUCGACCAGGACAUGCGCCUGUGCUACUCCCAGCCAGCGCCCGGCCUGCCCUCCCCCACCGAGGUGGGCGUGGUCUGUGCUGCUCCUGGGCCGGAUGGGGCGUGGUGGCGGGCGCAGGUCAUCUCCUUCCACAGGGAGAGCGGCGAGGCCGAGAUCCGCUACGUGGACUACGGCGGCUACCAUAGAGCCAAGAUGGACACCCUGCACCAGAUAAGAUCAGACUUCACAAAACUGCCGUUCCAAGGAGCCGAGGUGGUAUUGAGCAACGUGAAGCCCUUACCAGGAGGGGACGGCUUUUCGGCAGAGGCGAGCGCCGCGCUGGAGGAGAUGACGAAAGGGGCCCCUCUGCUGGCGCAGGUGACCGGCCACAGCCGCGCCGGCGUCCCCUUCGUGCAGAUGUGGAGGGCGGUCCAGGAGGAGCUGGUGUCGGUGAACCGUACUCUGGUAGACCGCGGACUCGCCGCCUGGCUGGAGAGCUCCUGAUUCGCACGGGAAACGGACUUUCCGCGCAACCGACCAAUGACCUGCUCCGUUUCUCCCAGGCCACUCCCCUUUUUUUUCCCCCAGUCACUUCAUGCUGGAGUUUAGCCUUGACCUGUUUUGACUGGUUUUUUAUUAGCCACAGAUGUAACGAGCCCAAUUUUUGGAAAAGUUUUCCCCCCAUUUUGGAAAAGUUUUUUUUAAAACUCUCGAACGAAAUUCCCUUUCAAAGAAUAGAUGUUCAGCAUUCCGUUUGUCAAUAAGGCGGUUUCCUGCCCACACUGAACAGUUUUCGAAAUGGAAGUGGCGAGAACAAUGUGUGUGUGUGUGUGUGUGUGUGUGUGUGUGUGUUUGUUGUUAAUGUAAAAACAUAUUGUAGGAUUUAAUAAAGAUUGAAAAGAUUUCUA